GCCAAGAGUGAAGUGUCGUGGUUAUGAAUGCAUGUGAGGUUAACGAACGGCUUGUUCCUCGUAACAUAACGAUAAUAGCUGGCGCCCGAGUGUAACAAUGCUAGGAACUAUGGAUGACAACAAAUUAUAACCAUUACGACGUGUAGGGGUGGUUUAAUAAGUAGAGAAAGAAUCAGCCAAAACGUCUCGCAAAUCACAGACGGGCAGCGCCAUGACGGCAGUGCGCAGCAACGAUGACAGCGACAAUAACUUCUCGGAUGACGAGAGCACGCCGCUUUACGGUGGCAGCCAGCGGACAGUUCAAGAGACAAAAGGAUGGGAUGUGUUCGAAGAUCCCCCGCCCAAGACGGACAGCGGUUCCAUGGCCAACCAAAAAUGCCUGGAGAUCACCGUCAAGAUGCUCAAAGUGGCUGCUUAUCUCUUCACAUUCGUCAUCGUCCUAGGCUCCGGGGUCAUUGCUAAGGGAACGACGCUCUUCAUGACGUCACAGCUUCGCAAGGACCGGAUCAUCCCAUAUUGUAACCGCGAUAUCGGUCGGGAGAAGCAGUUUAUCACACAGCUGCCAGAGGUGGAGCGAAUCGCUUGGGUGUGGUGCUUGCUGAUAGCAUACUUGGUGCCAGAGCUGGGGACACUCAUACGUUCCCUGAGGAUCUGCUUCUUCAAAUCCUGCACUAAGCCCAACGCCAAGGAAUUCUUCGCCGUGUUCUUCAGCGAGACACUGCACACCGUGGGUAUCGCUAUUCUCGUUUUCAUCAUAUUACCAGACCUCGAUGUCGUCAAGGGUGCCAUGCUUACGAACUGCGUCUGUUUCGUGCCAGGACUUCUCGGAAUGCUGACAAGAAGCCGUGAGGAAUCUAAGAGAUUCAUAAAAGUGAUCGUGGAUCUGGCGGCCCUAGCGGCCCAAGCUACAGGCUUCGUGGUGUGGCCACUGCUCGACAGCCACGAGAAACCAGAGCUCUGGCUUAUCCCGCUCUCUGUCGUCCUCAUAUCCUGUGGCUGGUGGGAGAACUACGUCAACAUCCCGAAGGAUUCACACACAAAACACAUGAGGAACAUGCGGAAGUUUAUGCAGAGGCUGAGAGACACUCGCUAUUUCACGUACAUCUUUAUCUCCCUGUGGAAGAUCCUCUGUUUCUUCUGUUGCCUGCUUCUCAUCCUCUUCCUGAAAGGAGAGAGCGUCCCUAAUUUCUUUCUCCUCUUCAAAGACGCAUUUUCUGCCAGACAAAUUGUAGUCACGGAGAUCAAGUCGACGCUCACAGGAGCAACCCUGCCGGACAUAUCGGACGUCACACCAACAGGAGACACUGUGGACAUCGACGCUUGGUACAACACUGCCAUCUAUGUGCUGAUCAUCCAAAUAGCAGCAGCUUAUCUUUGCUACAUCUUCGGUAAAUUUGCCUGCAAGAUCCUGAUCCAAGGUUUCAGCUACGCAUUCCCUGUCAAUCUCACAAUUCCUGUUGCCAUUUCCUUACUGAUCGCUGCCUGCGGUUUGAGGAACGGUGACCCUUGCUUCUUUCAUAAUGUGAUUCCCGACUACUUGUUCUUCGAGUCGCCACCCGUCUACUUCCUCAACGACUUUAUCACUAGACAGCAAGCGUGGGUGUGGCUUCUAUGGCUCCUGUCCCAGACAUGGAUAACGCUACACAUCUGGACUCCGAAAGCCGAGCGCCUGGCGACCACGGAAAGGCUGUUCGUCCUGCCCAUGUACGACUCGCUUCUCAUCGACCAGUCACUCGGACUUAACCGGCGCUGCGACGACGAGGCGGAUGUUAAGACAGAGGAACUCGCCGACAUCGGUAACGAACACGAUGACGACUAUGAAAGUAUUUCGGGCCACUCCACCACAAACGCGGCGCCCAAAAACCUGGUCAAGUCUUCAGAUCAUAUAACGAGGAUCUACGCAUGCGCAACCAUGUGGCAUGAGACCCGCGAAGAAAUGAUGGAGAUGUUAAAAUCCAUCUUGCGCAUGGACGAGGACCAAUCCGCGCGCAGAGUGGCUCAGAAGUACCUGCGCGUGGUGGACCCGGACUAUUAUGAGUUCGAGACCCAUAUUUUCUUCGACGACGCCUUCGAGAUCAGUGAUGAGAACGACGACGACAGUGUGGUGAACCGGUUCGUGAAGCUGCUGGUGGCCACUAUAGACGAGGCAGCGUCCCUCGUACACGAGACAGAGAUCCACGUAAAGCCGCCCAAGAAGUACCCGACUCCUUACGGGGGACGCCUCGUGUGGACCCUGCCCGGCAAGACGAAAAUGAUCGCACACCUCAAGGACAAGAGCAAGAUCCGGCACAGGAAAAGAUGGAGCCAGGUGAUGUACAUGUAUUACCUGCUCGGGCACCGCCUCAUGGAACUCCCAAUCCCGGUGGAGCGCAAGGAGGUGAUUGCCCAGAACACGUAUUUGCUCACCCUGGACGGCGACAUCGACUUCCAGCCCCACGCCGUGCACCUGUUAAUCGAUCUCAUGAAGAAGAACCAGAACCUGGGGGCCGCCUGUGGGCGCAUUCACCCUGUGGGGACAGGUCCCAUGGUAUGGUAUCAGAUGUUUGAGUACGCCAUUGGACAUUGGUUACAGAAGGCCACAGAACACAUGAUCGGCUGUGUACUGUGUAGUCCGGGAUGUUUUUCCUUAUUCAGAGGAAAGGCUCUCAUGGACGACAGCGUCAUGAGAAAGUAUACCACAGCUUCGAAGGAAGCCAGGCACUAUGUACAGUACGAUCAAGGCGAGGACCGAUGGCUCUGUACGCUGUUACUGCAGCGUGGGUACCGGGUCGAGUACUCGGCAGCCAGUGAUGCCUACACGCACUGUCCAGAAGGCUUCAACGAAUUCUAUAACCAAAGAAGACGCUGGGUCCCCUCCACCAUGGCCAACAUCAUGGACUUGCUCACGGACUACAAGCGAACUAUCAAGAUCAACGACAACAUCUCCAUGCCUUACAUCGCGUAUCAGAUCAUGUUGAUGGGAGGCACAAUCCUGGGCCCUGGAACCAUUUUCCUUAUGUUGGUUGGGGCCUUUGUGGCUGCCUUCCACAUAGACAAUUGGACCAGUUUUGAGUACAACAUUGUUCCUAUCCUCUUCUUCAUGAUCAUCUGCUUCAUCUGCAAAUCGGAGAUACAGCUUCUGGUUGCUCAGAUACUGUCCACUUCAUAUGCACUGAUCAUGAUGGCUGUGAUAGUGGGUACAGCGCUGCAGUUGGGUGAGGACGGUAUUGGAUCGCCUUCCGCCAUCUUCUUGAUUGCACUCUCCGGGUCCUUCUUCAUAGCUGCGUGUCUUCAUCCUCAAGAAUUCUUCUGCAUCGUACCUGGCCUCAUUUAUCUGCUCUCUAUCCCUUCCAUGUACCUUCUUCUUAUUCUCUACUCUCUUAUAAACCUCAACGUCGUCUCCUGGGGAACCCGCGAAGUCGCCGUCAAGAAGACGAAAAAAGAGCUGGAACAAGAGAAGAAGGAAGCAGAAGAAGCGAAGAGGAAGGCAAAGCAAAAAUCGCUGUUGGGUUUCCUGAACGGUGGAGGGGGCGGUAACGACAGUGACGAAGGAUCCAUCGAAUUUUCCCUUGCGGGGCUCAUCAAGGUAAUGCUGUGUACACACCCUAAGUCCGUAGAUGAGAAGCAGCAACUCCUCCGCAUUGCUGAGUCGUUGGAUAGCCUCGGGAGGCGCCUCGAGACCAUCGAAAGGGUGCUGGACCCACAUGGUCAGCUGACGUCACGGAGACGUACUGCGUCUGUCAACAGUCGCGAUCACCACCUGGGCUCGUUGGCUGAGGAUCCUGCGGAGGAGGACCAGGUUCAUGACACGGACAGCGAGACCGUAAACUCAGACCCGAAGCAGGAGAGAGACGAUAUGAUCAACCCAUACUGGAUAGAGGACCGAGACCUCAAGAAGGGCGAGGUGGACUACAUCUCGAGUGCGGAAGCACAGUUCUGGAAAGAUCUUCUGGAGAAAUACUUGCACCCCAUUGAUGAGAACAAAGAGGAGAAGGCUCGGAUUGCAGCCGACCUCAUCGAGCUGAGGAACAAGUCGGUGUUUGCUUUCUUCAUGUUCAAUGCUUUAUUUGUUCUUAUCGUUUUCUUGCUGCAACUCAAUAAGGAUAUGCUCCACGUAGACUGGCCGCUCGGGGUCAAGACUAACAUCACAUACAUUGAGGAGACAGCAGAGGUGCUGAUAUCCAAGGAGUAUCUCCAGCUGGAACCCAUAGGACUUGUGUUCGUGUUCUUUUUCGCCCUCAUUCUGGUGAUCCAGUUCACCGCAAUGAUGUUCCAUCGGUUUGGAACCCUUUCGCACAUCCUAGCAUCCACCGAGCUCAACUUGUAUUGCGGUAAAAAGGUGGAGGACACAUCCCAAGACGCUUUGAUAGACAAAAACUUCGUUCAAAUAGUGAAGAAUCUGCAGCGGUUACGAGGCAUUGAUGGGAACAAUGAUGAUUCGGGGACAGACAAAGUGGAACGUCGGCGCACCAUUCAGAACCUGGAGAAGAACCGCCAGAAGAAGAGGCCAAUAGGCACACUGGAUGUAGCCUUCAAGCAAAGGUUCUUCAACAUGACAUCAGAAGGUGGCGUCACAGGUACACCUGUACUGGGACGCAAGCUGACAUUGCGCAAGGAGACUAUAAAGGCACUGGAAGUAAGACGCAACUCGGUCAUGGCUGAGCGACGCAAGUCCCAAAUGAAGACACUCGGUGCCCACAAUGGUCUGCCUAUUGCAAAUAACAACAACAGUCGCAGCCAUCGCAGCUCUACAGCUGGUGUGUUCGACAGGCCACCUGGAGGUCACGUGAACAAGGGUUAUGACUCUGAGGAAGAGCUGGAUAGUAGGAACUCAGUCAGACUACAGAACAUUGCCAGUAGAAACUCAGUCAGCUGGCAGGACCCUGAGUUAGGUCGACGGAAUUCUAUCAACCAGCACUUGUAGAGAUUUUGUCAAUAUCAAAACUGCUUAGCUUGUCCUGCAAGACACUGGGACAGUAACACUGCCAGCAGGAAGUCAGCUGACAGAGUCCAGAGAUUGGAUGAUGGAAUUCUGUCAACCAACACUCAUAGACUCUGUCAAUAACAAAACUGCUUAGCUUGUCCUGCAUGACACUGAGACAGUAACACUGCCAGCAGGAAGUCAGCUGACAGAGUCCAGAGAUUGGAUGAUGGAAUUCUGUCAACCAACACUCAUAGAUUCUGUCAAUAAUAAAACUGCUUAGCUUGUCCUGCAUGACACUGGGACAGUAACACUGCCAGCAGGAAGUCAGCUGGCAUGGUCCAGAGAUUGGAUGAUGGAAUUCUGUCAACCAACACUUACAGAUUCUGUCAUUAACAAAAUUGACAUAUGAUUCAGGCUGGAAACUUCACACUUUGUUAGCUUGUCCUACAUGACAUUGAGCUGGUAAUGUCAACAAAGUUAUAGAAUCUCACGUUCAUACACAUCCUGAAGAAGUCAAAAGAAGCAGUAAACAUAAAAUAGCUUAAGUAUUCAAUAACCGAAGCCUGAAAACCAAGUUAGCAUGCAGCAGUACUGACUGUAACAAAGCACAGGGAAUUCUGGAGACACCACAUAUAUAGAGUGAACAUACGUUACACUAAUCCUAUUUGACGGGAAAAGCAUCCAAUUCUUCUGCCUGAGCGCAUGCAUGAUGUAACCUAACUAUACUUAGAGGCUUAGUACAUUAAAUAACUGAAAAGCUGCAGUAACUUAACUCAGAAUCCAAAUUACAAAUUCUGAACUGAACUGAAAAAAUGUACUGGAAUUAAAAUAUUUGUAGCGGCUUGAGCACCUGUAGAAAUCCAGUCAGCAAUUGGUUAUGUUUACAACUAUAACUUGACUCUGACACUACGAUCUUGGCCAUGUAGGAUUCCGUCCAGUCAAUGAGUUCAUGUGAAGGCAAAAUGCUACAUAGGUAAUGAGCCCAUAGAACUGCAAAUGGGAAGAGGGGUUAAGAAAAGAUGUUUAUUGUAGUAUGUCAGGAAAGCUAAAAAUAAAUCUUCGAUAUAUCCAGAGAAGAUUGUGGCCCUUCCUCCAAUCUGCUCACACAACAGUGUACUAUGUUUUAUCAUGAACCCAGGAAAUCUGGUUCACUCCUAUUGGGUAAUGUUUAAAUAAUCCUUUUAUGUAGAUAAAAACUGAUAAUUUUCUGGGACUUGCUCAGUUGCACAGCACUCUGCAACAAUAUUGACUAUCCUGAGGUCUUUCGAUUAUUUCCACAAUCACUGCAGGCAAAUUCCAGUGAAGUAUCUCAAUUAGGCCACAAUCGCAUCCUUACAAAUAUAUUUCAAUUCACCUCUCUCACUCAUCCCGAUAUUCAAGACACUAUGCUCUGAGGUAAUGAGAACAUCGUACAACAAACCACUAAGGAAAAUGAGACUCUUAAGUUACUCUCUUACAUUAUUGUUCACAUCAAGUUGAAUAAUCCAUAUUAUUUAGCACACUGAGGCCUGAAAUUCCUCUAAAUAAUAUUAUUGUGUUUCUACCUGACAUAAAACAUGUCACCUCUCUAUUACAAAGAUCAGUUUCUUGAUGCAGUUUAGGGACGUAAUCUCUUGUGUAUUCUGAGACUCACAUAAAACAUAUAAAUAUGCUAUGUGGGCAAAACAUCGGGUUCUGCAUGUUAAAGAAUGUGGUGCAUUUUGUUACCACUCUUUUUAAGGAUGAUGUAUGGUAUUUCUGACAUAUUACAUACAAUGUAAAUAUAAACCUAGUCAACAGAUGUGACAACAAACUGGUAUUACUUAGAUGUUCCAAAGCAUAAUGCUUCAAGCAACAAUAUUUGGAACUCAUUAGCAAGCAGAUGAUCCAUAAGGCUGACAUAUAACCUUGUAAACUUUACAAGGGACUUUUGGACACUGUUUUCUAAGCAAUAAAUACUCAGAAUCACUGCCCACUGAGUAACUACUGUUACUAAACAAGUGAUACUCAAGGGGCUUUGCCCUAUCCUAUGUAGAGGGUGGAUGUUAUUUAUCAAUUAUAUCCUUAUUUUUGAAUCUUUUUAAUAAACAAAUUUUUUUUUAAUGUUUUUGCUGAAGGUGAGUUAUAUCUGGUAGCAUAUGACGUGAUCGUGAUUUUCAUUUGAGUAAAACCAUGACAACUCAAGGUUCCAAAUAAUUAAAUUUAGAUUGCAAUUUCAUUUUUAUCACAUUUUACAACAUUGUAAAAUAUACAGACAUUUUGUCUCUUUUGUACAGCUGUACUUAACAAUUACUGUAUUUUGAUGCUAUGAAUAAAAAACAUUGUGAUAUUUAAUUAAGGAUAAGGGACAUGUGAAACCGUGCAUAAUUUAUCCAUUUGUCAUGCCUUGAGAGCUAGUACAGAAUUGGAAUAAAAGGUCAUU